AUGACGCCACAAUCGGUGGCUGUGGCCGCUACCGGCCUGGGAUGCUUCGCUCUCGCGAUGUGCUUCUUCGCCUUCCCCAUGAUCCUCAGCGAAAUCAGCGACAUCCGCGCUGAGCUCGAUGCCGAAAUCGAAUCAUGGAAGCUCGAGACCGACAAUCUGUGGAGGGACAUGAAUAAGUACGGACGUGUCCGUCGUCAGGCUUACGGAUACGCUGCACCUCCCCCACGAGGAAACUUCCCCAGCGGAAAGGGACCUAACUUCCCAGGAGGUCAAUUUGGCGAACAGCCAUACCCAGGAGAUGCCGGAGGCCCACCCCACCCAAGUGGCCCCAACGGACAUCUUCCAGGUGUUGUUGGAGUACCACCCAGCCUCAACCGCAACUUCCCUGGAAAUGAUGGAGCUCCAUCGGCCCAGCCCAACGGAAACUGCAACUGCAACGCCGACAACACUUGCCCAGCUGGACCUCCUGGACCUAAGGGAGUUCCUGGACAUGAUGGCCCUGAUGGACUCCCAGGAGUGCCUGGAGUUGAUGGAAAAGACGCUGAAGAUGCCAAGGCUCAGACUCAGCAGUACGAUGGAUGCUUCCACUGCCCACAAGGACCUCCCGGACCUCCCGGACCAACUGGCAAGCCAGGAGCGCGUGGUAUGCGUGGAGCCCGUGGACAGGCUGCUAUGCCUGGCCGUGAUGGACAACCAGGAUUCCCCGGAACUCUCGGAGGUGAAGGAGCCCCUGGACCAGCUGGUGAAGAAGGACCACAAGGAGAACCAGGAGAGGAUGUUGAGCACCAAAUCGGUCUUCCCGGACCCAAGGGAGUGCCCGGACCAGUUGGAGAUGAAGGAGAUGAGGGACUCCAGGGAGAUACUGGAGCACCAGGACAAGCUGGACCUCCUGGAGAGCGUGGACCACAAGGAGAGAAGGGAGAUGAUGGUGCUCACGGACUACCCGGAGAGCCAGGAGAGGAAGGAGAACCAGGCAAGGAUGCCGAAUACUGCCCAUGCCCCAAGCGCAAUGCUGCCCAGAACAAUGAACACUUAGCGUCCCUACGUUGCAUCGCUGAUGGACCACCGUUCCCACGGGUACCUUAUGCUGACGCUCUGCAGUUGCUUAUCGAUAAGAAACAAAAAGUCACAGGAAGGGGAUUCAGCAAGCAGAACGAGUCAUUCUUGGUCGUGAUGGUGAAGUUCAAGAGUCGAUAUAUUCUUCUGGAAAUUCACAGUGUGUCUGAAGGCAAAUUGUCUUUAUCUCCGUCAAUGCUUUUUUCGUCUAUUGCUGAGAAUGUAGGAGAGUUCCAUGGCGAUUUUGGAUUUGCACUUUGCCGUUCUGGGUUAGCGGUAAAAGUCGUCGACGGCGAUGUGGCACUUAUUCGCGUCGAAUCUAGCAGUGAGAAGUUUGUAACAAGCGUGUUACCGUUUAUAACUACCAUCCAAGGAAACGAAGUUGUGCUGCGAUCCCUUUUUGUUGCUGUUACAGGUCGAAGUAUCCGAGCAUGUGAGAAAUUCCUCAUAAAAUACAGAAGAAACGAGUUGUAUAGCAUGUUGAAAUCUGCCAAAUCUGGAGUCGAGAGGAACGCCAUACUGAGAGCGCUGAAUGAUGUUAGUGGAGAGCUCAAGGAAAUGCCGGCUCGAACAAAGCCUUCUACAUCAUCCUCAGCGUGUUGA